GGACAGGACCAAGGUGGAGGUGGAUGCUCGGUGAAGGUGCAGGUAGGUGCUCGGUGAAGGUGGAGGGUCGUCAUGUCUCUGCUGGUGCAGCUGCAGCUCGGUGCCUGGAGGACCAGAGAGCUGCGAGAGCUGCUGGAAAACGAGGAGAGAAUAAACCACAUCAUCAGCAGCAGUGAGAAGCUUCAGGGGCUGCAAGAGACUGCUGACAAUUUGCUAGUUUCAAAUCAAAAGCUGGCAAAAGCCAGUCUGUCCCAAAAACCCAAACUUAGAGAUGCAAAGUUGAUACUUGCAACAAAGUACAAGGAGCUGGAAAAACUUAGAAGCCUCAUCAACGCCAAACGGGAACAACUUGCCGAAAAACGCAUCCAUCAUGCUUUGCAGUGCCUCCUGCAGAAGAUCAAUGAUGCAGAGAUGGAGAAUGAGACGUUGUUCCAGAGAUUUGCAGACAGAAAUAUUUCCGCAGAUUCCUUGGACUCCUUCCUCGGUGCUCGGAGGCUCCACCACAUCAGGUUGGUCCUGGUGAAGAAGCUCCAGGAGAUACUCAGACACGAGGAAGAGACCACGCUCAGUGAUGUUUUCCCGGAGCAUUUCUUACUAUCCUUCCCAGGACAGAUCCACCCGCUCUGCGGCCUCAGUGCAGCCGUCGUCUUACCCGCCUGCUGCCACCCUCCGUUCCUGCUGCCGCUUGGCAUCCACGCAAACACUGCUCUGCGUCUUCAGCACUCACCCUUUUGUCCCGAUGAUGACGAUGAUGAGUUUCCACGGUCAGGACUGCACAAGCGAGGCCUCAGGUGGCCAGCGAGGCCCGCCCGUCUUCAGCCGCUGACGGUGCAGCAGAGGAGGCAUCCACACAAGUAAAGACGGUGGCUCAGAUUUGGGCUUAUUUCUUUCCAGGUUUUUCUUACGUUAAUGCUUCAGCAGUGUAUGUCGUGAAAAGAUUUUUUUUGUUUUUUUACCGUUUAAACCUCUAUUAGUAGACCCAUCCUUUAUCUAGACCCACUUCUUGCCAUUCAGGCUGACGGGGGUCUGCUGGAGCUGAUUCCAGCUCUCUUCGGGUGAAAGGCAGGUGUUUAUGUUCAUAAGGGCUUAUAACUGUCAUCAAUAUGUAGUAGUAAUGUGAAUGUUGAGUGUUUAAAGAGAAAAAAUAAAAUAAGUAUCUGACAUUAUCUGUUGUUGCAGCAGCAGAGCAGGACACGGUGUGUUUGCUUAACAGUUUCAUAAAGGAGACAUCAAAAUCAAUCCCACUUCAUUGUUAAUAGUGGCUUAAUAUUUUUAUUUUUGGAUAAUUUAUACACAGAGUGACUCAGCUUUGUGGGUAU